AUGAGCGCGUGCGGAUCAGGAAAGAGCUCAAAGGGAGGUGGCUCCAAGUCCCGCUCCAAGGGCGGCAAGGGCGAUGCGCUCCACAAGAAGGUGUCGCUUCAGACCUCCAAGGAACACCUGACGACCCUUCGCCAGGCACUGCGAGAUGAGCUCGGCCACGACCGUGACGUCGUUUCCGGGUUUGGCGCGUUUACCAAGUACGACAGGAACGACGUGGCGCUCGAUAUCCACUUCCGCACCGGCAGCACCAUCACGGACGACGAACUUGAGUGGGCUUACGAGCUCGUCAGCUCGAACCUCGGCCCGUUGGGGCACAAGUGGAAGCCCCAGGCGCUCAUGGACGAUCUCUGCGAUCCGUCCAGCAGGUACGCACUGGUCACCGAGCGCACAUCCUCCGCCCCGGCGGCGGAGAAGAAGCCCGCAUCCAAGAGCAAGGGCAAGAAAAAGGCACCCGCGCCUCCACUCGGUAAGCCUGUCGCCUUCGCGCACUUCCGCUUCACGGUGCAGGGAGAGACCAGGGAGGCCAUGGAAGGAGAGCCUGUGCUCAUGCUUCGAGACCUCCACGUGGAGGCCGAUUACCAGCGCAGAGGACUGGGCAGGCACCUGUGUCAGCUCCUGGAACUCUCCGCGCGCAAGAACUCCAUGCGCGCGAUGAUGCUACUGGUUCCGUCCGGAUCAGCGGGCGUUCCCGGCCGCUCGUUCGUGGACCAGAAGCUCAAGGGGUUCACCUGCGUCGACGACGAGUGGGCACCCGUAGACGUCAACCUGUCGGCGUACGGCAAGUCCCUCGUCGCGCAGGUCCCGGCGAAAAAGCCCGAGACCGUGCCCGCGGCUAGUCCCGACAGCAUCCUCGCGGGUCCCGAGCGCGUCGAGAAGGAGAACGUGGAACCCGAGGCGUCCGUGGCCAAGCUCGAGACCGCGUUUGAAAGCGCCACCAUCGCGCCCGCGGCUGAGAAGGAGCCCGAACCCGCGGCUCCCGCGCUCUUCGCCGGUUUCGCGCCCGUCGCCGCCGCGGACGCCACGAAGGCGCCGCUCUCAUUCGCUUCGUUCGGCACCGCCGCGGCGGAGGAAGUCCGACGACGAGGAGGCUGA